GGCGAGGUGAGAGGUGGCAACAGACAGAGGGUGCUUUUUUUUUCUUUCCCCCCAGAGCAGGGGUUUGUAAACCGAAGCCAAAGAGUGUCCCCGUGGGACGCGCGCACUUUUUUCUUGUCCCGGUGCGCUCAGGCCCUCCUGGUGCCUGAGAGGAAACAGUGGAGGCAGCGGGGCAGGUCACCCGGGCGUCGGCGAUUAUAUUGCGGCCGAGCCGGGGCGCGCCGGGAAAGGCCGGGAGGGCGGCGGCGCGGGGGCUGGGCGAGGCCCCGCGAGCCGCGAGGGAGGCGGUGCGAGGCCCAGGCGGCGGGCGCAGGAGCUGGGCAUGAGCGCCCAGUAGCUGAGCGCCCGCGGCUGCCCGGCCUCAGAAGCGACGCGCGCGCGGGCGGGCGGCAGCAGCGACGUGGCCUGGCGGCCCCCGGCGGCGCGAACGGCCGCCCCAGCGGCCCCCGCGGCAGUGCGGCUGAGGCGAGGCGCGCUCCCUGUCUGCUCCGCGCCGCCUGCCCGCUCGGGGCCGUCGCCGCCGCCCGGAUGAGUUCGUACUUCGUGAACCCGCUGUACUCCAAGUACAAGGCGGCGGCUGCGGCGGCGGCGGCAGCGGCGGCGGCAGGCGAGGCCAUCAAUCCCACUUACUACGACUGUCACUUCGCGCCCGAGGUCGGCGGCCGCCACGCCGCCGCCCUGCAGCUCUAUGGCAACAGCGCCGCCGGCUUCCCGCACGCGCCCCCGCAGGCGCACGCGCACCCGCACUCGUCCCCGCAGCCCUCGGGGCCGGGGUGCGGCGGUGGGGGCGGCCCGAGCCCCGGCCUGGGCCAGGACUAUUUCCACCCCGGCGGGGGCAGCCCGGCCGCUGCCUACCAGGCCGCCCCCCCUCCUCCUCCGCAGCCUCCGCCUCCGCCGCCUCCCCCCUGCGGCAGGAUUGCCUGUCACGGGGAGCCCGCGAAGUUUUACGGAUACGAUAACUUACAGAGACAGCCGAUUUUUACGACCCAGCAAGAGGCCGAGCUGGUACAAUAUCCUGACUGUAAAUCGUCCAGUGGUAAUAUUGGCGAGGACCCAGACCACUUAAAUCAGAGCUCGUCUCCUUCUCAAAUGUUUCCCUGGAUGAGACCACAAGCUCCUGGUAGACGAAGAGGAAGACAAACCUACAGUCGAUUCCAAACCCUAGAGCUGGAAAAGGAAUUCCUUUUUAACCCUUAUCUGACCAGGAAAAGAAGAAUCGAGGUUUCUCACGCUCUAGCCCUCACGGAGAGACAGGUAAAAAUCUGGUUCCAGAACAGGAGAAUGAAAUGGAAAAAGGAGAACAACAAGGACAAAUUUCCCGUUUCCCGGCAGGAGGUGAAGGAUGGGGAAACCAAAAAGGAAGCCCAAGACCUGGAGGAAGACAGAGCCGAAGGCCCGACAAAUUAACUUCUUCAUUUAAAGUUUUGCCACAGACUAUUAAAACUAAUGAUCAACAUAUGAUGGUGGACACCACAUAUUUUCUUUUUUGGAAAGGACUCUACCUGUAUUUCAAGCUACCUUCAUGUCACUGCUCUUGAGGUUUCUGCGCUUUAAGGGAUUUGGGUGUUAAAAAACAGUUCUAGUAUCGCAUAGAAGCAGUCCUUGAACUGUCCUAUGAAAGGGUAAUUUGAUGCUGACCUUGUAGCUAUAUUUUUAUAAUGGUUUUAAAUGUCUGAACUGGUGAUUUGCCUCAACAACGUAAACUUCCUAAUGAUUAGCACUAAAUAAUUGAAAUGCUUUAUUAAUCAAGUGCACUUGAAUAUUUUAAAUCUUUUCUUUACGGUGAGUAAAUUAAAAGAAGUCUAUUAAUUUUUUUAAAAAGUAUGGCUGCAGAAUAUUUACUUUAUAUUAUUUGAUUAAAAUGUAUUAUUUAUGUUUUUUUCUUUCUGCUUUUAUAAUGAAUGGUUAGGGUGCCUUUUGUUUACUCCUAAAUAGUGUAUUUAAGUAUUUUCUAAAUGUAAUAUCUGGGGGUGGGGGAAGAAGCCUGGGCCAAAUAUUUGAAAAGCACAUGUUAGCUGAAGAGUGUAAUGUGUAGUUGCCACUCUGCAGCUUCCUUAAACUUCAAGAAAAGAUAAGGCCAGUGAAACUCUCAAGACAAUGUCAAAGUUGACAUUUAAUCAUUUUUCUAUAGUCCAUACCAAUUAUGGCAAUUAAAUAAUCUAGAGUGCAUGAAUACUUGAAAAACCAAUUAUAACAUUUUCACUCAUUAACUUUUCACUCCGGCAAGUCGUCUUGUGGAAUGAGUCUCAUUUCCCAACUUGCUUUCGUUUUGAACCGCGCUUGUAAUCGCCUGAAAUCGCUAGGUCUCUUUGCCGUGGCUGCCGUCAUUGUGAUUCCGUUUUUUCGGUAGUUGCCAUAUUUAUUUGUAUUCCUUUCGCUGUGUUCGCAAGCUCGUUUUCAGCCAACUUGCUGUGCGCAUCUCAGAUGUCGGUUGGGUUGGUACGUCCUCUGCUGUUUUUUGGGAUAGCGAUAGCCUCACCUAUUUGAAACAAGCCCUGAGAGCAAACGCAGAAAAAUCUGAGUGUAAACAACCGCUCCAAAACAUAGCUAGCUCCUUAAUAAAGAAAUGAAUCUC